AUGCCUUUCCAGAGCUUAUAUAUCCUCUGCACCAUUUACUUUUUCGGUUCAUUUAUUCCUCAAGUCACGGCUUUUAAUGGCUUUUCAAUUCCAAUACCUAAUGAUGUAACUGUUAUAGCUCUUGUUGCAUGGAUCUUUUACGAGCUUGGCAACCUUAGAGGGACCACAGCAAUCCGCAUAUUUCGUGCAAUCGAUGAUAUUGUAAUUCAGUUUGGAUUUUAUUCGAGUAUCAUUCUUUCAUGUUUUUUAUCUGGCACAUCUUGUAAAGAUAAAAAAACUGGGCCCAUAGAACCUGCAUCUGGUUGUUUAUAA